CCUCAUGAUCCGGCACCACAAAACUACCAUCUUCACGGACGCCAAGGAGUCGAGCACCGUGUUGGAGCUGAAGCGCAUCGUCGAGGGCAUCCUCAAGCGGCCGCCAGACGAGCAGCGACUGUACAAGGACAACCAGCUCCUUGAUGACAGGAAAACUCUGGGCAAGUGUGGCUUCACCAGCCAGACCGCACAGCCACAGGCCCCAGCCACAGUGGGCCUGGCCUUCCGAGCAGAUGGUGCCUUUGAAGCCCUGUGCAUUGAACCCUUCUCCAGCCCUCCAGAGCUUCCAGAUAUGAGGAAGCGAUUGGACUCUUGA